AUGAUGAUGUUAUGCUAUCGUGAUCGGUCAAUUCCAAAAGAUUUAAACCUUGUGCAGUUAUUCUAUAAUUCAUUAAAAAAGUUUGCCAAUAUGUACAAUGUUUACAUACAAUUGAUUUUAUCAGAGAUCAAUAUCGAACAGUUGAAAGAAAUGAUGAAAUUAUCUGUAAAAUGUAAACAUUUUAAAUCGAUAUCCAAUAAAUCAAUUAAUCAUCGUUAUAUUUUUAAUAUAUUACAAAAAUAUAUGGAUUGUUUUAAAGAUGCUUUCUAUUCUAAUCAUAAUUUCAAUAUAUUUCUAAAAUAUAUCCUUUUUAUAUAAUUGAUCAUUUGAAUAAAAAUUAAUUAAUUUGUAAAUAUUAUUGAUUGUUUAUAUUCUUUGAUUAACUGUUACUUGCUUACUUACUUAUUCCUGUUACCCCUUGUGAAGGAGCAUAGGCCGCUCAUCAGCAUUCUUCAUCCAACCAUGUCUUGGGCAAUCCUUUCCAGCUCUUUUCAGUUGUUAUUCAUCCUUUUUAUGUCUGCUUCUAUUUCCCGACGUAAUGUGUUCUUUGGCCUUUCUCUUUUCCGCUUCAAUUCAGGAUUCCAAGUUAAGGCUUGC